AUGGACUCGCCUGCGGAGCGCAUGGUUAGCCGCGUGCACCUGCAAAUAGCGGUUCGCAAAGCCCCUGCGGCUCGCUGUUCAAAUUCGCUCGUGAUUUGGGAGGAUCCACGUCUGGAGCGUCUGGCUUUCCGCUUCCCUUCGAUCGCAGCGCUUCUCGACGAGUGCUCCCUCGCUGCGUACGCAACCGAUCUCGAGGACGAGGGCUACAGCGUCCGCGGCCUGGGCGAACUCGCCUUUGCCAGCCCCAACGAGCUGAGGCACGCCUUGGUGGACGGGGUUGGCCUAGCGCCUCGGGAGUGGGAGCAGCUCCUUCGCACGCUUCUCGACGCGGGCGAAAGCCGGCAGCGUGCUGAGGCCGCGGCGCAGGGAGGAGCGAGCGGCGGCGGUCCGGCUCUCUCCGCGCAGCAGACACCGCUCUGCAGCGCUCGCCUCCGACUGGUGUUGAGGGAGGCGGAGCCGUUCGAGGCGCCCGCGCCGGUGCUCGCGCGCCACUCCCGCAUGCUCGCCGCGCUGACGGGCGGCUCGCAGCGCUGGCGCGAGGCGGCCGGCGCGGCCGAGGGGCGGUGGGAGUGCUCGCUGGCGGCGCACGAGCCGGCGGGAAAACAAGAGCGCAGCUGCGGUUCGACCCUGUGCGCAGCCGUGCGAGGGGCGGUGGGUUGGAUGCGCGCGAGCCACGGGGCGGCGAAGCGGGCUGCGGCGGCGCAGCUGCUGUCUCCGGAGAGGGUGGUGCCUGUGGCGAGGCUGUGCCACUACCUCGAGUGCCCUCCGCUGCUGGAGGCGGCGGUGCGCACCCUGGCCUCCGCCGUCGACGCCGCGAACGCGCCCUCCGUCCUGCUACUCGCCCACGAGCUGGGCGAGCCUGCGCUGGAGCGCGCAGCGGUGGGUGGCAUCCUGGCGGACCUCGACGAGGUGGAGAAGGCGGAGUAUUGGCUCGAGCUGCCGCCGCUCACGCGCGCCACCGCGGCGCACGCGUCGCGACGCAGCAGCACCCCUCCCACGCCCAUGCCGUGGUCCGGCAGGCGCGCCACGCUGCGCACGCUGCGCGACGCGACAGCGCGCAACCCACUCCUCUCCGCGGGGCCGCACGCGGCUCGCGGAUCGAGCGCGUCUUCGCCGCGCGAGCUGCUUGCGAUGGUGCGGGAGGCGCUGGCCGAGAUGCGGGAGCGGCUCGCCGACGCGCAGCUGCGGCAGGAGCAGGAGAGCGACUCGGGCGACGCGCGGCAGCGGAAGACGGCGGCUUUCGUCGUCGCGCUCGAGGCGUACCUGCGCCAGGAAGAGAGCGCCUUCGCCGCGCUCGCCGCCCCCGCGACGCCGGCGCUGACGCAGGCAUGGAGAGCGGGCGUCGCGCCUCCGCCGCCUGCGGUGCCGCCCGCCUCGCCGCGCGGCGCCUUCGUGCCGACGUACGAGUGGCAGACGCUCCCCGAGGCGGAGGCGUGCUUGCCGGCCGGGCUCGAGGUCGAGCUGCCGCUGGACGGACGGCCGCGCCGCGCGCGCAUCCCGCCCCGCUGGACGGUGCGCGUGUGGCUGAGCGACGAGCUGGGCUUCUGGCGCGAGGCGGCGGCGCGGGACACGCCGUGCGGCAGCUUGCGUCUCUCGGCGGCCGCGUACGCGGGCGUGGCGCCGUCACAUGUGCGGCUCUGCUACGUCAACGAGGAGAUGGAGGAGAUGGAGGUCGACGACAGAUGGACGGUGGAGGAGGCGCAGCUGUUUCGCCGCGUCUCGCAGCUCCGCGUCGCGAUUGGGGCGGGAGCAGAGGAGCAGGAGGGCGUCGCUUCCCUUUUUCGGGGCGGCGCGCCGUGGGAGAAGACAGUACAGGAGGCCAUGGUGCGGCUGAAAGGAUACCUGUAUCUGCACCUCGAGCGCGAGCGCGGCCGCUUCAAGAGGGUCGUGCUGCGCGUGCGGGUGUGGGACUGGUUCCGGCUCGGGGCGACCGACGUCAUCGAGGCGCCGCAUGAGGAUAUGAUCAAGAGCUACACCUCCUUUACGGAGGCCGCAGCGGCGGUCCACAAAGCGCUCUACAGGAACGCCGACACCGCCCCAGAGAACGUUUGCUGGAACGAUUACGUGGCGUACAUUCGGUCCAGCCUCCCCCAGUCCAGCGACUCCAACCGCGCCCACAACCCGGCGGGAGACGGCCCCUUCAACAGGUCGCGCCGGCGCGGCACGCUCCCAUGCCGCUUCUACAUUGUGGGCAUCACCUCCUACACCCACGCCUCGCCGGAGCUGGCCUCCGUAAAGAUUGAUUCGCUGCGGUUCAGCGACGGCUCGGGCGAGUGGGUCCGGGCCGGUCACCUCCGGCCCUUUGUGCCGGACGGGGUGGAGCUCGCCGAAAUCGACCCGCUCGUCCGGCGGCAGAUUCGGUUUGAUCAGCACCAUAUGCGGCGCAGCAACUCGCUGAACGCGGCGGCCCGCGAGGCGAAGAGGAAGAAGGUCAAGUCGCUCGACGCGGGAGACCUCGUCUUUGUGGAUUGGCUGCGCGUCCCCAACCCGGAGCAGGUCCACUCCCCUCCCUUCUUGCCGGCUGACCUCCCCGCCUUCAUCGUCAGCUCCGAGAUUGUGCGGAUGGAUAUGCCAACUGCCGCGCGCGGCGAGAACAGCCCCCUCGACGUGCGUUUGGCGCCGUGGAGCCGCGAUGGCUUGACUGUGGACCCGGCGACCCACUUCGUGGUGCCGCGCAACCACCUGAUCAACUUCAACGCCGGCUUCCGCGACGUGUGGGCACACAGCGCCCGCGCAGAAGAGCGUGCAGGUGCCGUGCACGCGAGCCUGUUGGACGCGAUCGAGUAUAUCGUCGAGUUUCGCAGGCGGCGAAGGCCAGGCUACCCGGGGGUGGACCAUACGUGGAGGAACCUGAUGGGGGCGGAGCCAUUGCCGGCGCGGUUUUGCGCGGGCGGGGAGAGGAGUGGGUAA